UUCGGUCUUGCAAUCUAUAAAAGAAUUGGACGCAGAGGCUUUAUCAUCUGUGUUUCAGUGACUGCAUUAGUGUUGUGUUGUGUGCACGUACCAAUUUGUCGAGAAAACCAAAACAAUGCAGACUUCUACAGUUAUCGUCCUUGCAUGUCUAGUCGUGGUGGUGGCAAGCGCUCAUUUUGAGCAUAGUCCGGCAGUGGAAGCUGUCCAGGAAGCCGUUUACGACACACCCGUCCAUGACAGCAGCCCCAGGACGAAAAGAGGGUUACUUCUUUUGAAGAAGAAGUUACUCCUUGGUGCUCUCGGGUUAAAAGCGGCCAAAGUCGGUGUUGGUGCCGGCGUCGUAGGCGCUAUUGCUCUCAAGAGCAAAUCUGGCCAUCAUCAUCAUGCCCCACCAACUUACGUAGAAAUUCAUAGCCCUCAUCCCCACCCACCAGCUUACAUAGAAGUUCAUAGCUGGCAUUAGGAGUUUUCUGAAGACAAAUUUUGGUUUCGUGGUUAACAUUUAAUUUAGUCUAUUUUAAGUUUAGGUUAGAAAAGACUGUUAUACGUACGUAUCAAAAAUAGGAAAUUGUAGACCAUGUUUCACACUUGCAAGGGAGUUUUAAAAAAACAUUUUCGAAAAAAAUGUAUAGAAUUUUUACGCUUCCACCAAGUUAUAUUCGCUGCCAAAUAGCGGGUGUCAAUAUUGUUCUACUUUUUCCAACCUUUAAAGAAAUAGUAUUAUACCAUAUAUUCAAAAACUGAUGUACCAUAGACGGAGCAAGAUAAAUAUGUACGGAGAGCAACGCGUGGCUGUUGGUUUCUUACAACUGUAACUAAAAGCUAGUCCAUUUUAAACUUUAUUAAAGGCAUGUAUUCACUAAGUAAAAAAUAAGUCGUAUCACGCUACGUUUCACAUUUUUAGCAUCGAUGAUAUCGGCAAACUAUACAUGACACGCAGUAUUCAUCAAAUAGCAAAUACAUUGUUUAUACAAUUUUGCCAAAUAAAAGAUUCUAAUUAUUGCUCUACACACGGUGACAUGUAGUAUUAUUGUUGGUUAGUGAAUACAUGGGUAAGGAAAACAAGCAGUUAAAACAUUUUUAGUGUUGAACAGUUCAAUCAAUUUUAAAAACAAUAGUAUCAAAAAUAAAAACUGUUUUAUAUCACUGCAUAAUUAUGACAUUGCAGUCGAGCUGAGAUCAAAUUCUAAUUAAUGAUCAAGAAUUUAUUAACUGCAAUAAUUGUUUUGUAUAAAUGUAGCUUAAAUAAGUAUGUUGGUUGUUAAUGUAUUUUCCAAAAUUCAAAUUUAUUAGUCAACUAGACUACGUGCAAAUUGUAUAUACAACUUUUUGCAUAAAACGUAACAGAAUCAUUAUCAUUUACAACCAGAGUAUUUGGUCAACACUUCACCGACAAAUCUUAAUAGUGAAUUUUUCAACAAGGCAAAAAAAUGAGCGAAGUAAAUAAGAAAUCAAGAGCCAUGACGUCUAUUAUUCUAGUGUGCCAUUACCGAUAGAUAAAUUGAUUGCGAUCUGACACAAUGCUUUCUAAUUCGAAAACAAAGAAAUCUUGUAAUUCGCACAUUCAUUUUGCCACCAUUUUUUGUUAGAAUUUGUAUUCGACCUAUCGUUAUAGUUUUGUUUUCGUGUUAGAAAGCAGUUGCUUAAGUUUUUGGAUCAAUAGAUUUGUAACCUGAAACGAAUUGGCCUGUUACAAGUAGUGUAAAAAUCGUACUGAAGAAAUCAAUUGAUAAAUAUGUAAAUUUGAUGAGUUGAGUAUACAUAAUUUUGUUUUACCAGACAACGGCCUAUUCGAACCCAAGGUUAUGGUUAUACUACAUGGUAUAAGUUAAUUGAAGUUAUGGAUUAUAAUUCCACAUCAGCUUGAGACAAUCUAAAAAAAUAUCGAUUUGAAUGAAAACACAGCAGCAGCUUGUAAUUGUUAUAAUAUUUAUAGCAAACCUUUCUUUGUACCAAAACAAUAAUGUAUGUUGUUAAUAAAACUCUUCAAAGAUUUA